GGCCCAGCCUGCUCCGCUCAGCCGUCCUGAAUGCCUGUCAUUGGGUGGCGGCGCGGUCCCUUCGGCUCGAGUCGGGGAGUCGAUUGGACGACAGCCCUAGCGCCCGCCCCCAGCCAGCUCGGAUUGGUUCGCUGCACGUUGGCGCAACGGAAGAGGCGGCAGCCCCGUGCGCCUGCGCUCAGCGGGCUGCGCGGAGGCGGCAAGGCGGCGCUGGGGGCCUGGCUCGGGCGGCAGCUGCGGCUGCUGCGGAUGGGAGCGGGCCGGGUCGGCGCGCCUAUGGAGCGCCAGGGCAAGGCUGCCGCCACCUCAGCUGCGGCCGGCGAGUCGACGUCUGCGGACCCCGAAGCGCGGAGGCGGGAGCCGCUCAGGCGCCGGGCGAGUAGCGCGGCGCCGCCGGGGUCCGGGGCGGAGGAGGGCGUGAGACGGGAGCGGCCGGGCUCCCUCGGCGGCUCCGCCUCGGCCGCCCGCCCGCGCGGCGAGGGCCUCCGGAAGAGGCGGCCGCUUUUUCCAUGGUUUGGCUUGGAUAUUGGUGGAACCCUGGUCAAGCUGGUUUAUUUUGAACCUAAAGACAUCACUGCUGAAGAGGAAAAGGAGGAAGUGGAGAGUCUGAAAAGCAUUCGGAAGUACCUGACCUCCAAUGUGGCUUACGGGUCAACGGGAAUUCGGGACGUGCACCUCGAGCUGAAGGACCUGACUCUGUGUGGACGCAAAGGCAAUCUGCACUUUAUACGCUUUCCCACUCAUGACAUGCCUGCUUUUAUUCAAAUGGGCAGAGAUAAAAACUUCUCGAGUCUCCACACUGUCUUUUGUGCCACUGGAGGUGGAUCAUACAAAUUUGAGCAGGAUUUUCUCACAAUAGGUGAUCUUCAACUUCGAAAACUGGAUGAACUAGAUUGCUUAAUAAAAGGAAUUUUGUACAUUGACUCAGUUGGAUUCAAUGGACGGUCACAGUGCUAUUAUUUUGAAAACCCUGCUGAUUCUGAAAAAUGUCAGAAGCUACCAUUUGAUUUGAAAAAUCCAUACCCUCUGCUUCUGGUGAACAUCGGCUCAGGGGUUAGCAUCUUAGCAGUCUAUUCCAAAGAUAAUUAUAAGAGAGUCACAGGCACCAGUCUUGGAGGAGGAACUUUCUUUGGUCUCUGCUGUCUUCUUACUGGCUGUAGCACUUUUGAAGAAGCACUUGAGAUGGCGUCUCGUGGGGAUAGCACCAAAGUGGACAAAUUAGUUCGAGACAUUUAUGGAGGAGACUAUGAGAGGUUUGGCUUGCCAGGUUGGGCUGUGGCUUCAAGUUUCGGAAACAUGAUGAGCAAGGAGAAGAGAGAGGCUGCCAGUAAGGAGGAUCUCGCCAGAGCAACUUUGAUCACCAUCACCAACAACAUUGGCUCCAUAGCAAGAAUGUGUGCCCUUAAUGAAAACAUUAACCAGGUCGUAUUUGUCGGCAAUUUCCUGAGAGUCAACACAAUCGCCAUGCGGCUUCUGGCGUAUGCUCUGGAUUACUGGUCUAAGGGGCAGCUGAAAGCACUGUUUUCAGAGCACGAGGGUUAUUUUGGAGCUGUUGGUGCACUCCUUGAGCUGUUGAAGAUACCCUGACUGUUACCCAGAGGACUUCCUGAAUCCUGCCACUGGGACAUCUGUGGACUUGUUGGAUUUUUUGUUUUGUUUUGUUUUUUUUAAAGAGACUCAAGUUUUAUGAUCGUGUACUACUCAAAUCAGAGCAAGAAACAAAUGUAUUUUUCUAAGUCAUCAAGAUAAAUUUCUAAAAUUCUAAGAGCAUCCAGUAAGGAUUUUUUUUUUUCCUGUCUAGGCAGUGUGAUGAUUUGCUGUUCAUAACUGUUCUUCAGGGUAGUACUGUUAACUCUGAGGUGCUUUGGAGUCCCAGCACACCCACACAGAAUAUACAACAGAGAGCUGUCUGUCCUGCCAGCAGCUGACUGCUUGUCCUAUUGAAAUGUGUCAGAACCUCACCAAUUUUGUCAGUAUGCCCUUGGAGAUCAUCUGUGCUCUCUGGUUCAUGUUUAGCCUCUGUGUUAACUUGCUGAAAAUGGGUUUAUUAAGGUUCUACAAACUUGUCAGGUUUGUUCCGUAGAUGAUGCUCAGCAUGAACUUUGGAAGGGUACUUCUAUCCUUUAUAGUGUUAACUUAGGUAUGUGUGGAAAGACAGGAUUUCGGGUACAAUUCUCUUGGGUAGGGUGAUUAGGAACCUUGUGGGAAUGGGUAAGCUAGGUGAAAAAGAAGUGCCAGAUGAGCAGGAGAGUUUAUCCUUUCACACUGAGUGGCAGAGGAGACGGAGACGGUGUUUAUUAAAUAACUUAUGUCUUUCAGGAUGCUGGCAUGUGGGAUACUUGUAGAGAGAUGAAUUAGUCUUGGUAGGGGCUGGACCUUUCUUCUGCGCAGAAUAAGCAGCUCUCUCUGCUUUCCUAUUAUAUGCACUAAGAAAUGGCCUGCAUUGCAGCUGAGGGCAAGGGAGAGCUUCUCCACAGUAGCCUUGCAGCCAGAAUGGAAACCUCGAGAUGUUUUGGCCAUUCGGUUUUGGGUUCUGGUGCCAGCUUUGGGGCAAUAGGAGGCUCUUGUUGGUUUGGACCAUGGGAACUCGGGGUUAGACUUGGCUGGCUAGCCUGCUUUGAUGGUCCCCAGUCCUCACAGUGUGGAUAGCUGCCUUUGUGCUUUGGCCCAUUUGGAUUUCUGGUGCCGUUGGGCUGAGGUAUCACAGCACAGUGCACAGGGUGUAGAGGGGUGGCAAUCCUUUCCUAUUGCUCCCAGCUGGGCCCACUGAGAGCCUCAAAACCGUCUCUCCAUCUACCUCUUGUAUGAGGAAGUUUCUUCAUCUGUGGAAAGGCUCUACUCAUCAUCACCCACCCCAUAUCCCCAGAACUCACAUGAGCUCUGCCCUGGUGCUGGCUUGUCAAGCACCCAAGUUGUGUUGUCUACACCUUGGCUAUUUGACAGUGGUGAACAGUGCUCUGUAGUGUUGUUCUGUCUUCCUACACUGAAACUCCCACAGUGUUAAAUAAGCCUAGGGGCACAGCAGGGUAUGAGUGCUAUUGUCCUGUACCCACCCCCCCCCUCAGGUAGGAAGGAGAGUUUGUGGCCCUGGAACAUACAGAACUAGCCUGAACUAAAAUGGGAGGAGGAUGACCAGUGUGAAGAGAAAAUACUUUGUGAGCCUCAAUGGCUGGAUGCGAGGGACUGGAUGUGAGGGUACCUAGUUUAGAAUGCCUGGUUUUGAGAACCCCCAAAGCAUGAGGGCAUUCAGGUCAGACACAAAGCAGAGGAUGUGAGUUUUGGUGACAGAGUGAGGAGUUAGUGAACCCCCAGAACAUGGGAAAAAAAAAAAAAAAAAAAAGCAAAGGGGCAGUGAAGGAACAGGACCCAAAGGCCUGGGAGUCCAAAAGUAAAGUGUUAAAUAGAUACUUUCUCAAUGGGUUAUAAGGUUGCCCAGAGGCAGCUCCGGGGUUAUGUGUGGCCUUAGUGAAGCCAUGGGCUGAAGCUGAGCAGCACAUUUGGAAUGCAUGGUGUGGUCUGGCUUCUUGCUGUCUACAAGGCCUGAUGCAUUUCCCUCCAUCAGUAUGCCCCACCUCACUGUGGGAGGACUUAUUAGAGAUCCACUGGUGAAAAAGUUGACAGGUACAUAAUACAAAGUAUUUCAAAAUCUGCCCUUUAUUUACAUGUGUUUGGGUCAAUUACAUGCAUGUUUUAUCUUUAAACAAGUGAUUAGCAAAAAAUGCAUUAAAGUUUUAAAAUAGCAAUUAAAUAUACAAAAAUAUAGCUUACAAAAACCAAUGUUUAAAAAUAUUCUGCUGCAGAAUUCUUAGUGUACAAACACGUCUAUGAAACCUGAGGCUCAGCAUUUCAUAAACUUUUGAGGGAGUUAUAUCUAAUGAAUAAGCCCCAAAGGGCUAAAAGUGCCACUCCCCCACUUUCCUGGCCAUGACUUGUCAAGAGACCCAAAGGUAAUGGUUCUAGGCCAUCACUAGGAAGAUGCUCUGCCAGGAAGGAAAGGCAUGGACAUCACUGAGGUUUCGACCGCACUAUCCCUUAAUACUGGUACAGGUCCCUUAACAAUGGGAGGACCGUGAUCUGAAUGAACUACAUCUUAUCUUUGAAACAGCAGGGUAAUCCUCCCUAACCCUGUGAACAGAGGACCUAACAAAGUGUCCACUUGGAAUAAAAGCAUCUUAGAGUAAUUUGGAUUCUAAAGCCAAACUUGAACAGGGUGACAGGUGUUCAACUCAACUAGUGAACCUGAAUCCUGUUAAUCUUACCUAAAAACCCUUCACCUGGCAUUUCAGGUACCUCUAAGAUUUAGUUAGGUACUGUGUUGUGUCCAUUUUAGGUAAUUUUUUUUUCUUAAUUAAAGAUUUAUUUUUAUGUGUA